AUGCAGCGCGUUUCUGCCUUCUUGCCCUCAUGGGACCGGAGGAGCUCCGGCAGCUCCAGCAAGACUGGCAGCGUCUUUGGCUGGCCCAACCGAUCGUCGCAGCCUCCGCCCCCCAAUGGCCUCUCCAAGAUCAACACCGACGCCGCCAACGGCAUCCAGGGCAAGCGCGUGCAGCGAGAGGCCUUCUGGCCCGCGACACUCGACCUUGAAUGCGACAAGGCUGCCCGCAUCCUCAAGUCCUUUUGCGUCGACGGCUAUUUCGCCCCUACCGAAACCGACGUGCCGAUGUCUCCAGCAUCCACCUCAUCGGGCACCAGAACGCUAGACCUCAUUCCCAAGAAGAUCCCUAAACGAAUCAUGCAGAAUGCCGCUGGCAUUGCCGUCUUCACAUGCAUGCGAAGCGGUCUAUGGAUGACCGGCUCGGGCGGCUCGGGCAUUCUCAUUGCCAGGAAAUCCGACGGCACCUGGUCUCCGCCUUCAGGCAUCAUGCUUCACACCCCAACUCUCAGCUUCAUCAUCGGCGUCGACGUCUACGACUGUGUGCUGGUCAUCACCAGUCUCUCCGCGCUCGAGUCCGUCAGCAGACCCAGAGUGACGCUCGGCGAAGAUGUUGAGCUUCGCUCUGGCGAGACCGUCUCGCUCGUUUCUGACGAGUCCGAGGUCAACUGGAAAGAGCUGGGCAACACCGUUCUGACGUACAUGAAAGCCCGAGGCCAGCAGCAGCUCGUCAACCUCCAUGGCUGCAUGCUGUCCGAGCGCAGCAACGAGAACGAGCGCUUCUACGGUUCCAACGACAUCACCCACAUGGAUAUCCUUGCCGGAAACGUUGCCCGUGAUGUCGAGGAGACGACUGCUCUCAACGAAGUCCUCAAGAUGGCCGAGGGAAGAACCGACUACGACAACUCCGUCAUCAACAAGGUCGCCGCCGAGCCGGCGCCAAGCGACGCCUUAAUCACGACGAGUCCUCCCAAGGCACUGUCCAUGCCGGCAUCUCCUCACACUUCGUUUGGCAUCCCCCAAGCGGAUGAUCCCGAUCCCUUUGGUGUCCUGGCGCUGGAAAUGGCAGGCCUUGAGAUCCGGGAGGCUGGCUCUCGCAUACGCCCAACAAGUAGCUUGUUCGACAUUAACCAAGCCCCCAUGAGCCCCGUUGCUCCGUCCAAGUUUAGCCGGCAGAGCAUGGAUACCUUUGUAUCGAGGAGCAACCGGGGAAGCUACGUGUCGAUGCGUACGAUCCGCAGCCAGGUCACUGACGCCGGUACGCAGACUGACACGGGCAACACGCCCGCGACGUCUCCUAGCCCA